CUUAACUAUUUACUACAUCAUGCUGUGACGUCCACUUCACUCUCACUCUUCGCAGAUUUUAUAUUCAUGAUCCACGCAAUAUUCAUAUUGAUAUAAUAUAAUAUUAAUAGUGAUGUCUUUCCGCGCCAUCUCCGCCCGCAACCUGCGCGUCCUCCGCCAGCAACCCCUCGCCGAGAUCUCCGGCUCGCUGGGCGAUUUGGGAACAUUCCUGCCGAUCACCAUAGCGCUCGCUGUGAAUAAUACCAUCUCGCUGUCCAGCACGCUGGUCUUCUCCGGCAUCGCCAACAUCCUAACUGGCCUGUUCUUCGGCAUCCCGCUUCCGGUACAGCCCAUGAAGGCUAUUGCCGCUGUGGCCAUGGCGAAUGUCUUCACCAACGGCGAGAUUGCCGCCGCAGGAAUCUUCGUUGCUGCCUGUAUUUUUGUUUUCAGUGUAACCGGCCUGCUGCGCUGGUUCUCCGAUGCCGUGCCCAUUCCAGUCGUCAAGGGUAUCCAAGUCGGCGCGGGACUGUCGUUGAUUAUUUCUGCGGGCACGACGAUGCGUACGAAUCUGGGUUGGACGGAUCCGUCGUGGGCUGAUAAUCGGGUCUGGGCGAUUCUGGCCUUUUUGUUCCUGCUGGCCACGAACUAUUACCGGAAUCUGCCGUAUGCUCUGAUCGUACUCCCAGUUGGACUCGUGUUUGCUGUUAUUCUUGCAGCACAGCAUCACGACUUGCCGGCCUUCCUCCUAUGGAUUCCGGCGCUCACUGUCCCCGUCGGUGGCGACUGGCAAGUUGGAGUUGUGCAAGCUGGUAUCGGCCAGCUGCCACUAACAACUCUGAACUCCGUCAUUGCUGUCACCCACCUCGCCAGCGAUCUGCUUCCCGAUGUCCAGACACCGUCCAUCACAUCCAUUGGUGUUAGUGUUGCGUUGAUGAACCUGGUGAGCUGCUGGUUCGGCGCAAUGCCCGUUUGCCACGGAUCCGGGGGAUUAGCAGCUCAAUACCGGUUUGGCGCUCGCUCAGGAUCAAGUAUCAUCUUUCUUGGGGGUUUGAAGCUGCUUAUUGGUCUUUUCUUUGGAAACACUCUGAUUGGAUUACUUCAACGAUUCCCAUUUGCACUCCUGGGGAUUAUGAUUAUUGCAGCGGGUCUCGAGCUUGCAAGUGUCGGGGAAAGUCUGAAUACGACUGGCGCUCGGGACCUGGGUAACAAUCAUCCUGGGAUUCUGGGAGAACGUACGCAGGAAAUCGGACCGGUGCUUACUGAGGAAGACCGAAAGAAGCGGUUUACUGUGAUGUUUGUGACUAUUGGCUUCCUCGUUGGGUUUAAGAAUGACGCUGUUGGGUUUAUUGCCGGAGUUUUGUGUCACUACAGUUUCAGGCUGCCCGCAGUUGUGCACAAACUUCGAGAAAGGAGACGAGAUGGACGCAUUCAACUGCAGAGUAAUUGACCAUGAUAUAUGAAUAUUUGUUACGAACACGGACUAUGAUUUAUGAACACGGACUUUGAUUGGAUUUGAUAUUUUUUACAUUAUUAAAUAACACGACACAUACUCCAAACCCAUACCCAAACACCCUCGUACCCACAGACUUCCCUCCCAUCGCAUUCACCCACGGCGACUGUGUGAAGUUGAGGUCGUUGGUAGUUGAUGUUGCUGCGAGUAUGUAUGGUGAUGGUGGAGAGAAGGAGAAGCAGUGCGCUCAAUGAUUAUAUAUGUAUGGAGUUACUGCCUGUCUAGUAUACAGUGUGAGGACAUAAUUAUACAGUUUGAAUAUGUGUAGGUAGGUGUUCUUAUAAUUAAUUUAUUUGAGCUUAGCCAUAAGAGGCUUGUUAUUAAUUUAUUUUAAUUUAUGAUAUUGUCAGCCGACGCGGAAGCAAUAUGAGGGCGAUAUUCCGAGAUGCUCUUCUAUGAAAG